CAGCCGCCGCCACAGCAAGCCAGGCGGCCAGGCCACAGUGUUAGUGAGUGACCUGCAGGCGGCUGUAGCAGCAGGGAACACAAGGAAGCCCGCCGCGGAAGGCUUAGCGCUCUAGUGCUGAAGCUUGUUGCAGGCUGCACUGGAAAUUCGGGGGCCUAAUCGCCAGCCCAGACCAGCCCAGCAGACCCCCCGUCAUAGCGGAACAUGUGACGACCUAUGGACGGUCUACGACCUACGGGGACUCGGGAGCAGCGCUCUCCGGGUUCAGACUCCAAUCCGCCAUCAUCCUGAUCUUGCAUCCUGCAAUCUCGCACGCAACCUGCGCUUUCGCCUCCUCCGUACCGCCCCUCGACGACAAUCCGCACAAUCGCAUCGACGCCGUCUCCCAUCCUGCCGCCAUCAUGAAGUUGCACUACAUCGGCAUCAUUCGCAACGAGGCCAAGCCCGCCCACGAGAUUUGCGCCGAGAAGGAACUGAGCUCCUACUCGCGAUUCACCCGCAACAACUAUGGCGAGUUCAUGACUCUCUUCUCAAAGACCGUCGCCGAGCGCACUCGUCCCGGCCAGCGACAGGAUGUUGAGGAACAAGACUACACUUUCCACGCCUACAGCCGUACCGAGGGCAUCUGCGGUAUCAUAAUGUCCGAUCACCAGUACCCAGCUCUCGUUGCCCACCAGCUCCUCAGCAAGAUCGUCGACGAGUUCCUCAUCAAGCACCCGCGCUCCUCCUGGGCAACCGGCCAGCCCAUCCUGCCCUUCCCUGAGCUUACCGAGUACCUCGCCAAAUACCAGGACCCUCAGCAGGCCGACAGCAUUCUCAAGAUCCAGAAGGAACUUGACGAGACCAAGAUUGUCCUCCACAAGACUAUUGAGAGCGUGCUACAGCGCGGCGAGAAGAUUGACGACUUAGUGGCCAAGAGCGAUGGUCUUAGCAACCAGAGCAAGAUGUUCUACCAGCAAGCUAAGAAGCAGAACUCGUGCUGUGUUUUGAUGUAAUGAAACAUUUCGUUUCGGCGUUGGGACGCGACUUCGUUUCAGCAUAUAUGGGAUGUCGCUUAUUGAGAUUGGUUACUGGUGCGGCGCAAAUACUUACAAUCGUUUUGUCCAACCAUUCACUCGCAGGCCAUGUCGUUGGAGCAGUUUAGACUUAUUGGAGUAGAGGGGAACAGCGUAUGCACAUGAAGUACUGAAGUACACGUGGAAAUAUGCUGGGAUGAAAGUAGCACUUAAUGAUGGGGCUUUUUCUAUUCCAAAUGAUGAU